AUGUUUUUUCAUUUACUUUUAAAUUCGACAUUUUUAUUUCAGCUGGAUAAUUUACUUCGUUGUGAUGCGAGUACCGAAGACCAACUAAAAAAUGUAACAGUUACAGAUGAUCUUGGUGAAUGUCUUAAGGGGUCGUUUUAUUGCCAGGAAUCUAUCACUGAAGAUUUGGCGGCGAAAAAAGCAAUUUUUGCAAAGCUUGAUGAAAUUGCAGAUAUGAGUACCAUUUUAGCGAGCAGUACUUCCACUAUUCCUGCUUCACUAUUCACUGAAAAUCUUAAAUCUAGAUCUCGAUGUUUAGUUGUACAUCCAAUAAAUCCUCCAAUUUAUAUCCCUCUUGUUGAAAUCGUACCUUCACCUUGGACUUCUGAUGGAAUCGUCAGUCAGACUGUCGAAAUUAUGAGAAGUAUUCGUCAGUCACCAGUUUGCCUUAAAAAGGAAAUUUUCGGGUUCGCUUUAAAUCGGUUACAAUAUGCAAUAAAUGCUGAAGCCUGGCGAUUAGUUAAAGAAGGUAUAUUGUGUCCUGAGGACGUCGAUACGGUCGUGAUGAAAGAUGGUCUUGGUCCGCGUUACGCUUUCUACGGUCCUCUGGAAACCAUGCAUCUAAAUGCGAAAGGCAUUGAAAAUUAUAUAUACAAAUACUCUGAUAUAAUGCGCAAUGUUUUGGAAAGUUUUGGGCCAAUUCCAUCCUUUAAUGAGGCUGAAACGAUGUCGCUUAUUUCUGAAACAAUGAAUAAUCAAAUGCCUAUAACAAAAAUGCGAGAAAAUUUACGAAAUCGUGAAAGAAAACUUGCUGAACUUUGUAAGCUUAAACAUCAGCUCAAUGCGGACGUUCAAAACGGCCUUUAA